AGGCGAGCAGAGAUGAGCAUGAUCGCAGCCUUACUCUUCGCCUGCGCGUUGCCGACCGCAUCGGCGCUCUCCGUCACGACGAAACCGACGCCCGCGAAGCCCGUCGUCGCGUCGGCCGGCGAUGCGGACCUCCUCGUGCGCGCGGCGCGCGGCGAGGACGUGGAGCGCACGCCGGUGUGGCUCAUGCGGCAGGCGGGCCGCUACAUGGCGGACUUCCGCAAGUACAGCGACAAGAUCCCCUUCCGGGAGCGCAGCGAGUCGCCGGACAUCGCCACGGAGCUGAGCCUCCAGUGCUGGCGCGCCUUCGGCGUCGACGGCGUCAUCAUGUUCUCGGACAUCCUCACGCCGCUGCCCGCGCUCGGCGUCGACUUCGACGUCGUCAAGGGCAAGGGCCCCCUCAUCACGGACACGCUCGGCGACGCCAAGCGCAUCGCGGCCUUCGUCGAGGCCUGCGGCGGCUUCGACCCGGGCGCGCAGCUGCCGUUCGUCGGCGAGACGCUCCGUAAUUUGCGGAAGGAGACGGAGGGCAAGACGUCGCUCGUGGGCUUCGUCGGCGCGCCCUGGACGCUGUGCGCCUACGCGACGGAGGGCGGCGCGAGCCGCCACGCGCUCAAGAUCAAGGCUUUGAUGCACGACGAGCCGGCCUUGGCGCACGCGGCGCUCGACGCGAUGGCCGACGCCGUCGCGGCGUACGCGAUCCACCAGAUCGACGAGGGCGCCCAGAUGGUCCAGGUCUUCGAGUCCUGGGCCCACCAGCUCAACCCGGCGGACUUUGCCGCCUUCUCCAAGCCCUACGCGCUCCGCGUCGCGGCGGCCGUCCGCGAGGCCCACCCGGGCGUGCCCGUGCUCUUCUUCGCCAACGGCGGCUCGUCCUACCUCGGCCUCCAGCGCGACAUGGCCGGCGACGCCCACUACAGCGCCCUGAGCCUCGACUGGGCCGUCGACAUGGCCGACGCGCGCGCGCAGCUCGGGCCGUCCGUGCCCGUGCAGGGCAACGUCGACCCGUCGCUCCUCCUCGGCUCCGUCGCCGACAUCGACGACGCCGUCAAGAAGUGCAUCGACGGCGCCGGCGGCCCGGGCAAGCACAUCCUCAACCUCGGCCACGGCGUCCUCCAGCCCACGCCCGAGGCCAACGUCGCCGCGUUCGUCGACGCCGCGCGCAAACACGGCACGAAGUAGGCGGCGCCACGCGGGGACCGUUCGUAAGGCGCGCACGG